AAUGGAAGAUGAAAGAAGAAGCGUACGCACACCGAGCAAGAUUUGAAGUUGUUGAAGUAAAGCAAAGAAGUGUAUUCAUUUUGUUGGACUAUUGUUAUGACGUUUACCGCUGCGUGAGACGAAAGGAGACAAAAUGAAAAUAUUCCUGAAGUAAAUUAAAGGAGCGAGCUGAAAGAAAUGUAGGUGAUCACCUUCUCUGAGAGGUGUGAAACGGGGUCUGCCUGUUAGAAUACAGCGAUAAUUAUUCUAACAAGUUCAACAUACAAAGAAAAGAAACUAUGGGAAGAAAGGAGCAUCGGCCAUCUAGAGUGGAUUUGAAAAUUGGAGUUUCUAUUUUACUUGCCUACGGUUUAACAAGAGUAACACUGACUCAAGCCCAGUUUACAGCAUGCACCACCCGCGGGAAUUACACAGAUGAUGUUUAUAGGGAAAUUCCCAUCAAAAAUGCGAGAACAAGUGUAACAAUCAGCAGUCCAGACUUCCCCAAGUCCUAUCCAAGGAACAUACAAUGUACAUGGAGAAUAAUCGCCCCCUUCGGUCACAAAGUUAGGCUUUCAUUUCUUGAAUUUCACUUAGAAGGAAGUUACAUAGAGACAGGUUGUCAUGACUACGUCAGUGUGAGAGACGGUGGGUUAGAGUUCAUAGACGGCAAAAUGAUUAGAAGGCGUUGUGGUUCAACCAAACCUCCGAUGGUUAUUUCUAGCGGCACAGUUCUUUGGCUUAGAUUUCUCACCGAUAAGGAGGUAGAAGACACUGGAUUCGUUAUCAAAGUACUCCCUGUCAGUGCCUCGACCUCAAAGCGCCACAUUGCCAUUGGUGUCCUUCUAGGCCUGCUACUACUCAUUCUCAUGACUAUCAUUCUCCUUUGCCGCAAACGAUUUCGAAAGCCAGACAAGAACGUACCAAAGGUCCGUAAGUACCAGGAGCUUCCUUUCCCCACAGAAACAGAAGCCGAGCAAACAGACCCUCCAAACGAUGGACCAGGAUUACCCGAAGAGGAUCCUUGGAGUAAUGACCCCCAAAACGCCGUGGAAAAUCAAGGAUCACGUGUAAAUUUUCAAUUAACACCCCUUAGAAGUUCUGAGGCGUCGGGAUAUUGUUCCCUCUCAGAAGAAGGAGACAUGUUUGAGUUCAAGGAUAGUUGUACAUUUUGUAAAGGUUCUUCAAAGAAAGCCAUGGAGGACGAGAGUGACCAGUUAGAGUACACAGAACUGCUCACUGUCGUGUGAACGGAUCUGGAUUUAUUCAGGUGCAUAUUCGGUUCAAACGGUUAUGAAUAAUUAAUGAUGUCCAAGUAUUCUACGCGAUGCUCUCAGUCGUAUUUUGACUGCAAAAAAGAGAUGAAAUACCAUUCUUCCUUUGACAGUGGUUAAAAUAUGUUUAGACGAACAAUGCGUCGUGGCUCUUGAAAUGAGUGUAUGAUAUCCACAUCAUGCAUGGGGAUUCGCCCAUAGCAUUUUUAGGAAUGGUACACGAUAUGUGUCCCCUUUUCUUCGAUUUGUAGCCGCUAAAUAUCCAACAGAAUAGUGAGGCCGCAUACUUACAAUGAAACUUUUGUCGGUCACUACGGCCCCACAUGCAAAAUACUUGGAAAGAAGAAGAGAGAUAGGUAGCCCCGUAGUACACAAACUUUCAAACAAACGAACAAAAUUCCUUGAACUGUAUUACCAAACGACAGCUGAGAGUGAGAUAAUUUUGUGAAACAGUUAGGGGGAAAAAU